AUGCUUGCAGCAAGAGCUGCCGCGAAUCGGAAGGUUGCAGAUGCAAGACGUGCAAAAGAGGCCAGUGAGUGGAAUGUGGCUCAUGAUAUAGAGCCCGGAGAAGAAAACAAUGUUGCCGCUACUUCAACGCCUCUUAUCGAAGAGGGAGGAGAAACAGAGGAAGUUGCGACUCAAAAUGAAGCAAAAGCACUCACCCCAACAACUACCACAUCCAAUGAUACCUCAGCUAAUGGAAAAAACGAAGACAACAGUACUUCUGAAGAGGGAAAUAGCGAAUUGAUUCGUCUAAUCCCCUUGACCGGCCUCACGGGCUUUCAACUAAAAUAUGUGCGGUUGUCAAAUAUUGCCAUUAUGACGCUCAACAACACGUGGUUCAACUCGGUCGUGAUGCUGUGUAUCUCGUGGGCUUCACUAUCGGUUGGGCUUCAAACGUAUCCGUCACUCGGAGAAAGCGUCAUUCUAAACGACAUAGACUUGUUCGUCCUCUCCGUGUUUAUCCUCGAAGCGUUCAUUAAAAUUAUGGCCGAAGGACUCUAUCCAUGGCGAUUCUUUUCGGGCAAGGAGAUGCGAUGGAACUGCUUUGAUUUCGCGAUUAUUAUCAUGAGUCUACCGAUAUGGGGGUCUGCUCUUGGAGGUAGCAGUAUCGCUAUUCUGCGUAUGCUUCGACUGAUGAGAAUUAUGAAGUUGGUCAAGCGGAUUCCACAGCUCUACAUGAUUGUCAUGGGUCUUAUCGGUGGUCUGAAAUCUAUUGGCUACAUCAUGCUGCUGCUUUUCCUCGUAUUUUAUCUCUACGCUAUCUCUGGAAUGUACGCCUGGCAAGAUAACGACACUUUCCACUUUCGCAGUGUUCCAAUUGCUAUGAUCACCCUUUUCCGAAUGAGUACACUCGAGAAUUGGGCAACCAUCAUGGACAUAAAUUACUUCGGAUGUGAUCGAUUCGAUGGUGGUUAUUACUCGUCGAACCCUGACUCUGCAGCAAGUUUCCAGUAUUGCAACGUCACGCGAGUGUAUGGGGCCAAUGUUACAGACACCUCGUUGGCUUCUCAACGCGCUUUGAACCAGGUUAUGGCCACAUUAUACUUCAUCACGUUUAUUCUCAUCUCGGCAUUCGUCAUGCUUUCACUCUUUAUCGGUGCCAUCACUAUGAGUAUGACGCAGAGUAUGGAGCACAUGAAGAAAGCACAGGAAGAAGCAGAGGCCAAAAAGCGAGCUGAGAAGGCUCGGAAACGAGCUCUAGAAGCAGAGCGUCGGGCUCGUGAAGCGGAGAAAAAACGCGCAGCAGGUGAAGCGCUAGAAAAUAACGAUUCAGAUCCCAACAAGAAAGGAAAGCUAUCUGCUGCUGAGCGCAGGGAACGGCAAAAAAUGCGCGAGGUGUUGAUGCAGACCUGGGAUGACUGCGAUCUGACGGACAUUUUAACGCAGCAACAAGGUGACUCAAGGAGUAUCAAAGGAGCGUAUCUCAAAGUCUCUGGAGUGGCAACGAAAAUCGUGGAGCAUCCCAAGUUUUCGCUCUUCGUCACAUGUGUCAUCAUCUUAGCUGGAAUGAUGGUGGGGCUUCAGACGUCCACAGAAGUGGUGGAUGUGCUUGGAGCACUGCUUACUGGGUUGGAUACUGCCAUUCUUACCGUGUUCACCGCUGAAGUCAUUUUGAAAAUCCUUGCUGAAGGUCUCGAGCCCUGGAAUUAUUUUCGCGGAGCAUGGAAUGUCUUCGAUUUUAUCAUUGUGGUCGGUAGUUUUACAAAAGGCUCGGGAGGAAUGCUCACCAUGUUGCGACUACUUCGAUUGUUACGUGUACUCAAACUUGUGAGAGCAUUCCCACAGCUACAAGUUAUUGUCUCUGCCUUGAUUAAAGGUGUGGGUUCUAUUGGUUACAUCGGUUUGAUCCUACUUCUUUGCUUCUACGUCUUCGGGAUCGUUGGGAAUAUGUUGUUUGCUGAAAACGAUCCGUUCCACUUUCAGUAUUUGCAUUUCGCCAUGAUCUCGCUCUUCCAGUUAGCUACAAUGGAUGGAUGGAGCGAUGUGUUGUAUAUCAACUACUACGGCUGUGAUCUGUACGGGUACGAUGGGUAUCGAGCUCUUGGAUACGAGUGUAAGCACCAACCCGCUGGUAUGCUAGCUGUGCUUUACUUCUGUGCUUUCAUCGUUCUCGGUGGCAUGGUGCUGAUUACUCUAUUCAUCGGUGUGGUGACUACAAGUAUGGAGGAAGCUACACAAGAAAUGGAGGCUGAGAAAGAGCUAAUACGUCGUGUAGAAGCCCUUCGAGCGCAGCACAAUAUCGACAGCAAAGUGGUGUCUUCGUACAUGCAGGUGUUCCGUAUGUUAGAUCUGGAUGGUAGUGGUUCAGUCGAAGAAGCCGAGCUGCGUACGGGACUGGCGGCUAUUGGAAAGUAUCCGAGCUACGAGGAGCUCAAGGAGAUGAUGGACGUGGUGGAUGAAGACGGUAGUGGACAGAUCGACAUCGUCGAGUUCGUCGAGUUUAUGAUUCAUGUUCGCGAAAAGUCUAACCAGCAACACGCAGCCAGAUUGGAAGCAGAAGCAGCUUUAGCGGCCGAAAUCGCGGCUGAACAAGCUGCAGAGUUAGAUUCAUCAAUUGCAGACUCGGAACCUAUUACAUCUAAUGGUGAAGUAACAUCCUCUACGGGUAGACGGAAGAGCCUUGGAGAGACUAAAGAUGUGCCAAGUAAUGGAGAAAAAGUGCUGGCUAUUAGCUCAAGUCUCGACAACGGUAACGAUACUAGUCACGUCGCACCGUUUAACAUUAAUUCGAGUCGAUCCUGGUCAUCUCCUCGACCAGUAUCGUCGCCUCGGAAUGGUCUGGGCUGCAACGUAAUGCCCUAUCUAACCGAUAAAGAGUCGCAAGAUGCCAACGCAGACGCGCAGACAAACCCAAGCGUUUCAUUAGAUGUCGACAUGCAUUCCGAAGACGGAAGCGAGACAGCGCUGUUGCCUCAAGAAGCUUCAGUUCGACCGCGCUCUGGCCGGGUAACGAGUAAAAUUCUCCCAUCAGGAUGA